AUACACACUUUGUGUUGAGUUAAGUUCGCUUUCAUGGCGAGCAGUGUAAAGGAAAAGGUUAAGGUGGCACCCCCACAAAAUAAAGAAACUAAAGCGAAUCCUGUCUCCCAUUCCUCUGCUAAGGACAACGCAAUGGUGGGUGUCCAGGAACAAGUUGGACCAAAGCAAAAUGACAGCCGUGAAUCCAAGAGCCAGAGCAGCAGCACAUCAUCCGUAAAACAAAACAGCACAGUAUCCAAUGGGAAAGCAGGCCGCAGCCAUAAAACUUUAAAUGGGAGUGCAAAUUUUGAACAGAGCUUGGUUCCAUGGAAUUCUCCCAGGAGCAAGGGGAAUUCUCCAAGAGGUAAAAUUGGAGCACAGCAUCACGGAUACGCUUUUGGCAGUAAAACUGGACCUUCAUCUUCGGAAACCAUCGAACUUCCAUUUCUGAAGGACAGUAUUUACACAGAUACUAUUUUGGUUGUGGAAGGAAAGAAAUUUUAUAUUCACCGAUCACUUCUUGGAUAUGCAUCGGAACAUUUUCAGAAGUUGUUUGCCGUUGCACAUGCAGCCAAUGCAGCAGGGGAUAAGAAAACAAAGCCUGAAGUACUAAUUAAAGAUAAGACUUACAAUGACUUUGUAGAACUUCUCGCAUUUUUUCAUCCUGGUGUCGUUCGAGAACUAACAGAUAAAACAGCAGUUCGAUUAUUACCAAUUGCACAUGAGUAUGAAAUGCGUCCUUUGAAAAGACGGUGUGAAAAUGUAUUAGUUAAUCAUCUCAAGAAAAAUGCUUCCCUCUUCAACUCUACUACAAAAGGUCCCCCAACACAGAGGUUCCGACGUGACAACGCGCCAGAAAUAUUGCUAAAAUGUACCAAGGCGGCCGAUAAAGGUCAUUCUAAGCCCGUCUUAGAUGAGUGUCUCAAAGUAUUUGCCAACCCCGAUAUUCCUCUGAAAGAUUUAAAAAAUAGCACCGAUAUUUCUGACCAAAUCAAGGCAAAGAUAUUUGAAACCCGCGUAUAUACAACAUCUACUAAACUCACAAAAGUGGUUGGAGCGUUAGAGAAAGAAAUGCAUGAGAACAAUCUCUUGAAGAAACAACUGAGCGAUCGAUACAGCGUUCAGAAACCCGGACUGCGCAUGUCCCUUAAUAAUUCUGUUGAAGAAGCACAUCCAAUUCCUUCGUCAGUUCCGGUGUUGCACGCGCAUCACUAUCACACUCACCACCGCCAUAAUAUAGCAAACGGAAAAGACUUACACAAACCUCCACCUUCUACCAGAAAGAACUCAAAGAAACAUUAACCAAAACACUAAAGUGGUGUACUACUACUAUAGAUUCAAGCCGAUUUCUGUGUUUAAAAAAAGUUUGACUGUUUGAUGUUGGUUGUAGGCUUGAAUACCUUAAAAAGCUGUAAAAUUUUAAAAGAUCUGUUCGCUUAAUUUGAAUUUAAUAUUAACAUUCAGU